UGUACACACCCUGUGCAUUAUAACACAGUUUCUUAAAGGUGUUGUUCUAAAGCAGUCACACAUUUGUAUUGUAUUGGGCGAACAAUCUGUUUAUCGCAAAGGAAUAAUGAAAAUGGACAACGUAAUGAGCAGCCUGAACCCUGGGGCCGUUAUAGGGGGAUUCGUCCUAGUUAUGGCAUUCCUGGCCCUGGGAAUUCUUCACAGACGUAACAGAAAGAGCAAUGAAUCCAAGUCCCUACCCUACCCUAAGGAUGUGGUGAUAUUACACCAAGGAAGUCGGGCACCAUAUGCACCCAGUCUCAGUCCAUUCGCCGUAAAACUGGAAACGUACCUCCGUGUGGCUAAGAUACCCUACCAGAACGUGUAUGACAAAAAGCCUGGCUCUAAAGGGAAGAUACCCUGGAUAGAGUACAAUGGUGUCUCUGUUCCGGAUACGGAAUUCUGUAUGCAGUUUCUCCGCCAGAAGCGCUCUACGGAUAUCAACGAGGAAUUAACACCGGAGCAACAGGCCACGGCACGUGCAUUUCAGAAGAUGGUUGACGAACAUACGUACUGGAUCAUGAUUCUCUUCCGAUGGAUUUAUGACGAGACAAAAGAAGUCAUCAAUCUAGCAAAAUGGCGGCGCACCUACAUCACUAUUGUGACAUAUAUGGCACGGAUGCAGACGCACUACCAGGGGCUGGGACGUCACACACAGAAAGAAGUGGAGGCCAUUUUGGAUGGCGAUUUCAAAGCAUUAUCACAAUACUUAGGUGACAAACAGUACUUUUUUGGGGAUUCCCCGACUGAAGUGGACUGUGCCUUAUUUGGACAAUUAUCACAAUUAUUAUGGCAUUUACCUCACACGAUCGUACCGACAUUGCUACAAGAGAAAUAUCCCAACUUGGUGGACUAUUGUGAGAGGAUACAAACUAAUUACUGGCCUGAUUGGAGCAGUUGCAUUACGCAUGGAGAUAGACAGAGUGACAGAGAUCAGAAAUGUGGAUAAGCUUUAUUUCUCCUGUGUCUGCUAAACGUUUUACAGUAUUAUAUAGUAUCACGCGGUGUGGUGCCAGUGUUUUAUUUUGUUGUUAUGGGAGAACAAAGUGUUCAUCCUAUCGUGAUCGGUUAUGAUUUUUAUACUUGAUAUAUCUCGAAAUCCCACUGGCAGGAUAUGAUACACGUGACAAGUUAUCACGCGGAGCAGUUUUCAUGUGAAUAUGGAUUUCUAAGUACAGCAUUUAGGGGGAUCCCCCAUCAUUUAUGUCGUGAAUAUACAGUUGUUUUUAUAAAUAAAUGUUUUCAAUGUU